UAUUUUUAAAAUCUAACCAGUAUUACAAAACACAACUUAGUACAUUGUUUUUCAACUAUAAAUCUGUACAAUCAAUAUAUAUUUAUUAAUAUAAAUUGAACUAUUUAGUGCUGUCCCUGAAUCCACUGUCAACCCUGUUACCGGAGAUAAACCCCCUGCAGAACAAUGAAUUAUUCCACAAGUCACAUGAUCUUCAGCAUAUGACAUCAUAAUAAAGGAGGAAGACACAGGAAGCAACUUCAGGCAACGCAAUCGAAGAAGAAGAACAUCUCAAAAGAAAAAAAUGAUACUUCAAGAAUUGGAAGAUCUAAAGGUUUCUUUCAAACAGCAAAAGAAAGUUUUGGACAAAUAUAAAAAGCGGUACCAACGCUUGCUGAAGAAAAGUGAAUCGCCUAGAGCUAAAACAAACAGGUUGCUGAAGAGCUUUCCUGCAGAAGAUGCAGUUCGGAAAACCCUUCUUUUCCAUCAUUCUUUGAUCGAAGACAUAAAAUUAAAAUAUCACACUUCCAGGAAAGAGAGAGAGAAGCAGAUUCUAUCAAAAAUUGUUACUGGCAAAAUCGUGAAAAAAUAUCGACUGCAGAAAUUUGCUCAGGAUUCAUUUGGGUUUUCAAAGAAGCGAUGGCAGAGUAACAAACAGACAAGUGAAAAUGAAUCCUUCACAUUUGUAAGAAGAAAAGUAAGCAGAGUCACAGAUGAGAUUAAAAAUAAUGUGGCCUCCUUUUAUGUCAGAGAUGACGUGAGCCGAAUUACUACGGGAAAGAAGCAAACUAUUACUCAGAACAAAAGAAAAAUGCAGAAGAGAUUUCUGACUGACACCAUGAAGAAUCUUCAUCGAAAGUAUCUAUUGGAGAAUCCAAAUACAUCGAUGUCCUAUUCACUUUUCUGCCACCUUAGACCAUUUUGGGCUGUGCACCCCACUAUUUCAGACAGAGACACCUGUCUCUGCAAACUCCAUGAAAACCUUGGUUUUGUUGUAGAAAAGCUACAUCAACUGAAGCUCAUUAAUGACUCUGACCUUGAAAGCUUGGCAGAAAAGAUCUGCUGUAGUCCUCCUUCCAAAUCAUGCAUGUAUGGGGAAUGUACCAAGUGCAAGGAGACAGAACUUCCAUUGAAUAGCUCUUAUGAUGUAUUGACCAGUGUUUCCUAUUGUCAGUGGGUAACCCAGACAGUAGAAAAGGAAAAACCAAAGAAAGAUAAAGAAAAAGAAAAGGCACCUGUGAAGAUCACUAUAAAGAAGGAAGUGGAAAGCACUAUGAAGGAGCUCAUUGUGGUGUUCAACAGCCUUCUUAAUAAAUUCAGAAGGCACAGCUUCAACAUAAAGCAACAAUUUGCUUACUGCCGUGAAUUGAAGAAAAGUCUGUCUCCAAACGAGUGUCUUCUACAUGUUGACUUUUCUGAAAACUAUUCCUGCAAAUACAGCAGUGAAAUUCAAGCUGUACACUUUGCUUCCUCCCACCAGCAAGCAACACUACACACUGGAGUUUUGUAUCUUGGCGCAAAAGCAGACCCUGUGUGCUUUAGCUCGAUUUCACCAUCAAAACAAAAGGCACCUCCAGCAAUAUGGGAGCAUCUCAAUCCUAUUCUGGAUCAUGUGAAAACCAAAUAUCCCUCUGUAUCGGUUCUGCACUUAUUCAGUGAUGGCCCAUGUACACAGUACCGACAGAAGGGGAAUUUCUAUUUGUUCAGUACAGAAUUGCACAAGAAAGGAUUUGCAGCCGGAACCUGGAAUUUUUUUGAAGCAAGUCAUGGUAAAGGUGCGCCUGAUGGAGUUGGAGCAGUUCUGAAAAGAACUGCUGACAUGUUAGUCAGCAAAGGGAAAGAUAUAACGAAUGCGUCUGAUCUCUUCAGAUCUUUAUCUGAGGUAGAUACAACUAUCAAGUUGUUUUAUGUGGACAGUGAAGCUGUAGACAAAGCCACAGAUCAAAUGCCACUAAAUAUUCCUGUUGUUCCUUCAACCAUGAGGAUCCAUCAGUUGGUCACACUCUCACCAGGAAAGCUAAUAUAUCGGGAUGUUAGCUGCUUGUGUUCAACUGAGAAAAACCUUGAUUGUCAGUGCUACAACACACAACAUUUCGACUUCACAAAUGGACCGGCAGCUGCAUGUCCAAGUACCACUGUUCAGCAAAUUCAGUGGCACAAUCCUAAUGUUCUUGGAAAAUGGUGUGUUCUCAAAUAUGACGAGGAUCUGUACCCAGGAAUCAUUCUUGCAACCGAUGAAACACACGCACAAGUAAAAUGCAUGCAUCGUGUGGGGUCCAACAGAUUCUUCUGGCCAAAUCGCGAGGACAUUUUAUGGUACUUGCAUGAUGAUGUCAUAAGUGUGAUUCCACCUCCACGGCCUGUGACUGCCCGCCAUGUGGAGAUCUCCAAAGAAAUAUGGUCCAAAUUAGCUGUGUAAACACACAUUCUAGAAAAACCUAGAACAGAUUUUUAAAAAGAUGUCCAUAAUUGUUAAAUACAUUGUUCAGCUCUUCCACUUUGAUAACAGUAAAAUAUUGUUAAUUUGUACAGUAUGAUGUUACAUCUUGCUUACAUUUGAAAGGGCCUGUCUUCGUUUAAAUCAUUUUGUUUACAUUAAAAAUGUUAUGUUUUCAAAUUGAAUUCUUACAGCGCUGUUGUGUACUGUUAUUAUAAAGUUUGUAUUUUUACAUCAACAAUGAUAAUAUGUACAUUUAAAAACAUUAUAGUUCCAUAUUAAAAACAACCUAACCAAAAAAACUUACCUUGUUCUAUUGCAGUUGCAUAAUUAUACAGGUCUUGGCGUAGUUUCCAAAAAUCAGUGGUUACUAAUGUAAGACAACAGUCUGUUUAUUGCAAAUUAUAAAUGCAAAUAUUUUUAGGACUGUAUUACAAUGACAUUUGUGACUUCUAUAUCUGUGAAAGCCUGUUAAAAAUAAACAAAAUAACCACUGCACAUACUGUCCUGUCAAUUAUGUUACUUUUGUCAAUACUGUUACUAUGUUGUCAACUAUGUUACUUGCAAAUAUAUUACUCCAGAAUAUUUAAUUUUGUCCUUUGUAGUAAACUAACUUGAUUUAUCCAAUAGCAAAAGUUAAGAAAAAGAACCACCCUAAAUGUUUUGUGAAAAUUAAGCUGGUAUCUGACACUUUUAUGUAAAAAUGUCAGUGCUUAAAAGUUCUAUUUGUAGAUUCCGUAAUAUUAUUGAGACUAAAAAUGGAAUUCUUUGAUAAUUAUUUUUUUAUGCUUCAAGAAUUGCAUUUAGGGACAUAGUAUUUGUCUAAAAAUGUUUGAAUUGAAAUGUGUACAGCUUAAACACUUUUUCAGAGAGUUACUUAUGUGUCCGUAACAGAGUUGACACAAAAUAUAGUUUAAACAGGAAUUUAUGGCUUUUAAUUUACAGAUUUUCUGUUGUUAAGCUUGGCAAAAGUUUUUUUUGGUUCAUUUUAAAUGUUCUGUUUAUGAUAAAAAAUGUUUAUUUCCCCAAAUACACACUGAUUUUCAUUUUUUUCACAAGGUCCAAAAGGCACCCUAUUGGAAGAAUGACCCCUAUACUGACAGGAUUCUGAUAAUAAUACAGUGCAGACAAAAACAUUACAGAUGUGCAAGACACCGGUUUUGGCCUCUGGGAAGGUGGGAAAGUGGAGGAUGAGCUUUCACCAGAAGAAAUUCAAAUGGUAUGUGAAUUGUGUUAAUACUUAAUUCUUAUAAAUAUGCAGCAUUUUUUUGUUUUUGUUUUUACUAUUCACAGGCAUUGUUUUUAUUUUCAUUGUGUUUUGUAUUUUACUUUCAUAUUUACUGAAGCUGAAUUUCAACACAUUUAAUGAAUGCUGUUGC